AUGACAUACUCUACGACGCUUGGGCUUCUCGCCUUCUUGACUUUAUCAACUUGCGGCUCUGCAAGUCCUCUCCGCAAGCUGCACCCUACAGUCGUCCUUGGAGGCUCAAACAAUGUCCAAUUCGAAGGAACAUCGGCUAACAAUGUCGAAUCAUUCAUGAACAUUCGCUUUGCCGAAGAUACAUCAGGCAACAACCGCUUUGCCGCCCCCAAACCUUUCAGCUACCCUUCAGGGUCGGUGGUAAAUGCAUCCCUCCCAGGUGCCGCAUGCCCACAGCAGAAAGUCCCAAUACCGGGACUGGAAGUUUUUGAUAAUGUCACGCAUAUAUCCGAGGACUGUCUUACAUUGCGCGUCGAUCGACCCAUACGGAAAUCCAAUCAAGACAAGCUCCCUGUCAUGGCUUUCAUUUACGGAGGUGGGGAUUCCAUUGGUCAGAUUUACGACACAGCAUAUGAUCCAACUUCUUUGAUCAAUGGAGCGGAGCAGAAAGGAUACCCAGUUAUCUAUGUUGCAAUGAAUUACCGUGUGGGUAUCUUUGGGUUUGCUGCUACCCAGGCUCUCAACGAAUCCCGUUCUUUGAAUGCAGGACUUCGCGAUCAGCGACUUGCAUUGGAGAACAUAUCGCUGCCUUCGGGGGGAGAUCCCGACAACGUGACAAUAUUUGGAGAAAGUGAUGGUGCUACUGGUGUUGGCCUCCAGAUCACGGCAUAUGGAGGGAAGGAGAAGGCUCCUUUUCAACGAGCGAUUAUGCAGUCCGGCAGUGCUGCGGCUGAUCAAGGUACUGCGACCAACAAAACUGUUAUCCGCACUACCGAGUUCAUCAAGAAAGUCAACUGUAGCUCUUCAGUCGGCAUUGAUGAGCUUGCUUGCUUGCGGAAGAUCCCUCUCAAAAAGCUACUUCCCGCUGCGCUGGACUACGAAUUCAGCUUUGAGGGUUCGAUGAGCUUCGACAUCUUUGUGCCUACCGCACCCUCCGAUUUUAUCCCUGAUAGUCCCUCAAAGCUUCUGUCUUCUGGUCGCUUUGCGCAUGAUAUUGACGUUAUAACUGGCUGGACCGAAGAUGAUCAGUCGUUUUUUACGCCAUCAACCAUCAAGACUGAAUCGGAUGCCAUCAAAUACCUUUCCUCGUCAAUGCCAGAUCUCUCUGAGGAAAAUAUGCAACGUGCUCUUGCUCUUUACCCAUCUUCAUUGUUCUCAGACAUGCCGAGUGAGAAUAUCUCGGCCCAAUAUUUCCGUGCAAGCCAAAUGUCCCGUGACUAUGGGUUUACUUGCCCGAGCAUUCAUUUGGUGCAAAUGAACAAAAAGUACUCCAAGCCGUGCACUUCCAACUAUCUCUAUAUCCUGAACCAGACUAUGUUCGCCCCGUUAUACGAACAGCAGCAGACAUCAUACCUCGGUGUUUCACACUUCAGUGACAUUCCUUAUGUUUUCAAUCAGGCCAAGACGAGGUAUUCAUUCCUUGCGACUCCGAUUGACGUCGAGAUCUCGUCAAAGAUGAGUGCUAGCUGGGCAUCGUUUGCUGUCUCCGGGGAUCCAUCACACAGAAAUGGAACGUUAUCUGGCUGGUCUGAUGCUUUGACUCAUUCGAGCCCCACAGUGAGGAUCAUCGGAGGUCCCGAUGGAGGCAAGAUGGUUACCAUCGAUGGUAGUGGUGAUACCUCUGAGCGUCUCGCGAAAAGAUGUGCUUUCUGGAGCUCGCCUGAGGUACUUGCUCAGAUUGGAGUAUGA